UCCUCCUCCUCCUCUUCCUUUUAUUUCUCCUGCUCGCAUCUUUUUCACCACCUGCCGCAGCUGCAACGGAGAGAUGGAGACCUUCCUGUGAUUACUGUUAAGCUGCUGGAAAGACCAUCCGGCCAGGGAAGGACAGAGAGACAGCAAGGGGUGAGGAGCAGGAAGGGGGACCGCGGACAGAAACAUAUGGUUGGACAGAGGAGCGAUUUUUGUUUCUUUUUUUCCCCUGAGGACUGCUUAAACGAACAGAAACUUAUUCACCCACCGGUAUAUCCGCCAAUGACACCCCGCUAACCUCAGUUUUAAGCCUUAGAGCUCACCUGCUCCUGUCACACCUCUGUCUCAUUACUUAUUGCGCUCUUUAAAGCUGCCUGCACGCGCUGAACGCACAGACGCUCACAGAGAGCGUCACGAGACGCGCAUAAGGCUGUUUUUCCAGUGAGAGUCUCCUCCUCCUGCAGCUCCUCAGCCAUGUCUGGACACACUGUGACCAUCCCGGACGACAGGGCGUUCGCCAGCUUCAAGGCGGAGUGUCUGUGUGAAGAGGGCUGGACCAUGACCUACAGCAAGGCGGGCAUCACGGUGUGGACCCAGGUGCUGGAGGAAGGCAAGUCCGUCCAUAAAAUUAAGUGUCGCAUGGUAUGUAAGGAUGUGGCUGCAGACACGAUGUACGAUGUUCUCCAUGACAUUGAAUACAGAAAAAAGUGGGACUCAAAUGUCAUCGAGACCUUUGAUAUCGGGAAGCUCACGGUGAAUGCAGACGUCGGAUACUACUCAUGGAAGUGUCCCAAACCUCUCCGGAACCGGGACGUCAUCACACUUCGUUCCUGGCUGCCGAUAGGGAAGGAUUACAUCAUCAUGAAUUACUCUGUUAAGCAUUCCAAAUACCCACCUAAAAAGGACAUGGUGCGGGCAGUCUCCAUUCAGACGGGCUACAUGAUUCAGAGCCAGGGACCAAGCAACUGUACCCUCACUUACAUGGCGCAGGUAGAUCCGCGAGGUUCAUUACCCAAGUGGGUUGUCAACAAGUCCUCUCACUUCCUGGCUCCCCGUGCGAUGAAAAAAAUCAGCAAAGCCUGUCUGAAGUACGCAGAGUGGAAGCAGAGACACAGCCCCAACUUCAAACCCUGGCUGUACCCCGAACAGACCACGUUACCCACAAUUCCACUUUCCGAGCUUAGCAUUCAGCGCGCAGAGAGCCUGGAGAAUUUCGACGAGAGCUCCUUGGCCGAGACCCAGGAAAGAGAAGACAGCGACUAAACCAAACAUGUUCAUACCAACAGCAAUGCAGGGAUACAUAAAUGCUUAAUAAACAUCCCAUCAUUACAUGUAUGUAUAUGUGAUUCUGUCUGUACAUUUGUAUAUUCAUGAACUGCAUUAUGCAAACAUUUCAAUUAGAACAUGAAGGCAUUUAUGCACAGAGAAGAACUUUACCAACUCGAUCACAUAUUUACUUACAAGUUGUAUGAACUCUGAUGCAGGUACUUCCCCACACAAACGGGGGAUUUAAACGAUACCAAUAGAAGUAAAUAAACUAACAUUUGAUGUAUUCAAGGUAGCUGUAAAGUUUGUUUUCUUAUUUUCUAAAGGGAUGUUAUUUUCAGAUGCAGUUUCAAACAUGCAUAUAGUCCCUUGCAAAAGCUAUUUUUUGAAUCCCAUUUCACACAAACCUUUGUCUGCUUACAACCACACAAUUCAUUGUUUUAUUAGACUUUUAUGUGAUACAGUAACACAAAGUAAAUAUUUUUGAAUGCAAAAGAUUUAAAAAAUUUUAGGUGGGCCUUUUUAAUUUGAUAUCUAAAGUUUAUAUGUAUCACUGGAUAUUUGGUUAGGGGAAUCAGUAAAGAUGGCUUAAUGCGACCCAAGAUUUUUUUUCUAAACUAAAAUGUGAACAUUUAUCAUUUCCCUUCUAAUUAAAAAUUGUGCAACACUUCCUGUUGGUCUGCUACAAAACCCAAAUGAAAUGCUUUAAAGUUUGUGGUUGAAAUGAGACAAAAUACAUAAAUAAUUUUGCAAGACACUAUACGUUAUUAAACCAUUAACUAACCAAUGACAACAUGCACAUUUCUUCGACACAUGACCUACAUGAAUAAAAUCCAAUGUUUCUACAUUUAUCUACUUAAUCUCUAAACCUGUUUAGACUCCAGAUGAAUGAAUCCCAACAUGCUGCACCACUGCAGUCAGACAUAUAUUUUUCUCAAUCUUUACGUCUCUGUGACAAUUUCUAAGCACAUAAGUAUGCAGGUGCGCAGAAGGCAGCUGGAAUCCACAAACCAAACUUCAUCCUCUUUUUGUUCACAAAGGCGAAUGCAGAUUUACAUCCAUGCAAUGACAACUUCUCUAUUUGGGAGAUGUCUGAAUGUAUGUAGACUUUAAAUAAAUACAGAUUCCUACAAAGGUUUCCAUCAUUUCACUGGUUUUCUGA